UCUCUCUCUGUUUUCACUGAGCGCUGCUGUCGAUUGCAAUGAGUUAUCGACUGUUUAUCGGCAAUCUCGAUGCACGGCUGACAGAGUACCAUCUGCUCCAGAUGCUCCAGCGCUACGAGGGCUUCACCAAGCUGCACUUCCUAUGGCACGCGGCGGGACCAAAGCGCGGCGAGCCUCGCGACUACUGCUUCGUCGAGUUUGCCACUGCUGAGACGGCGAAUCGUGCGGUCGAGCAACUCAAUGGAAAGCUUGCACUGGGUCGCGCGCUGCGUGUUUCAAUUGCCAAGGAGAAGGCUGAAGAUGAUGGAUGGAAUCGCAAGCGACCAACUGAAGAGCACGGGUUGGAAGUCCCGCAAACGCUAUCUCUAGACAAUAUCGCAAAUAUCACCGCUCGCAUACUCGCAGUCGAGCAAAAGCUUCGUUUGAUGGAGCGCGAAUCCGAGCUUGCUGUGGACGACCUAGCUCCAGCAUACUUUGCCCCGCCACCAGUCCCUGUCGAAGCAUCUUCGUCCUCAAGGCACCAUGGCGACAGGCAUCAUGGAGACAGGCACCAUGAAAGGCGAGAUCACAACGACCGUGAUCGGCGGCGAUGACAGCACAGACUGCGAUUUUAGUUGCAAGUUCCUUGUUCCGCAAUAAACACCCAUCCUGGCAAA